UUGCACAGAGUUUAGUUCCCCUUAGGUGACACUUGAGAAGCAGCUCGAAUUGCAGGGUCCUGACGUGUCUCCCCUCUGGAGGGAGGAGGAGGAGGAGGAGGAGGAGAGAGCGAGAGGCCAAGAGCCGCCCUAUCUGUCUCCUUCGCCUUUCUUCGCCACUCAGUCGGCCCCUCGGCUGCAGCCAGAGCCACAGCGAAGCGGACCUUGCCAAGCCCCCGUCGCCAGCGCCCGCUCUCUCUCUCGCUCGCGCACCAACCAACCAACCAGGCCGGAGCCGCGCCGGGCCGCGCCUUCCUUCGGCUGCUUUUUUCUACUGCGUCCUGGGCGGCGCGCUCUCUCGCUCUCCCUCUCCCGGGCGCAGCUGCUGCCUUGCUGGACGCGCCUUCCUAUAGGGCGCUGCAAACAUCCAAUCCAAGGGAGCCCGGAGGACGACGGGGCGGCUUUCAGCUUGGCUGCCGUCGGAGAUCCCGACCCAAAAGUUUCCUGCGCCUGCAGCGACAGCGCCGGAGCAUCCAGUUCCUUUGCGCCUCGCUCGCUGGGUUCUGUUGGGGACGCUUUUGCCUCCCCGCUUGGAUUCGCCAAGGGUCUUUUUGGAGUUUGCGCCUGGGGGUGAGUCUCUGCGCGCCUCCCCUUCUUCUGCCUGUGUGGGGAGGGGGGCGGCGCCCAGCGCUGCUUUUUCCUCUCUCCCCCCACCCCACCGCCCCGCCGGUCCUUCUGCCGGUUCCGGCCAGCUAAGCGAGCGCCGGGUGGCGGGCGCCCCGUCUGCGGCUCGGCGCCCCCGUCGCCAUGUCCAUGCUGCCGUCUUUCGGCUUCACGCAGGAGCAAGUGGCGUGCGUCUGCGAGGUGCUCCAGCAAGGCGGCAACUUGGAGAGGCUGGGCCGCUUCCUGUGGUCGCUGCCCGCCUGCGACCACUUGCACAAGAACGAGAGCGUGCUGAAAGCCAAGGCGGUGGUGGCUUUCCACCGGGGCAACUUCCGCGAGCUGUACAAGAUCCUCGAGAGCCACCAGUUCUCUCCGCACAACCACCCCAAGCUGCAGCAGUUGUGGCUCAAGGCCCACUACGUGGAAGCCGAGAAGCUGCGCGGCCGGCCGCUGGGCGCCGUGGGCAAGUACCGCGUGCGGAGGAAAUUCCCCUUGCCCAGGACCAUCUGGGACGGCGAGGAGACCAGCUACUGCUUCAAGGAGAAGUCCCGGGGCGUCCUGCGCGAGUGGUACGCCCACAACCCUUACCCUUCGCCCCGGGAGAAGAGGGAGCUGGCCGAAGCCACCGGCCUCACCACCACCCAGGUCAGCAACUGGUUCAAAAACCGCAGGCAGCGCGACCGAGCGGCGGAGGCGAAAGAGAGGGAGAAUACGGAGAACAACAACACUUCCACGAACAAACAGAACCAGCUGUCUCCCCUGGACGGGGCGAAGCCGCUCAUGUCCAGCUCGGAAGAGGAGUUUUCGCCCCCACAGAGUCCGGAUCAGAACUCAAUCCUCCUGCUCCAGGGCAGCCUCAGCCAUGCCAGAAACUCCACCUAUUCCUUGACGGGGCUGUCCGCCUCCCAGGCGACUCACGGCCUCCAAGCCCACCAGCACCAACUGCAGGACUCUCUCCUAGGCCCUCUCACCUCCAGCUUGGUGGACUUGGGUUCAUAAUCCGGAGAGACAGGGAUGGGGGUUUCUCCCACCACCACCACCGCCCAGUGGUUUGUAAAUAAGGGGACAUUGUCAUGAAUUAAUUUUCCUUCCUGCUCCCAUUGCCCAACCCACUCGGUUUUGUUUUGUUUCCCGAGAGCUCACCUGGCGUUCUUAAGUGACUUCUAAAGAUCUCUUCCAAAGCCCUUCUCUGACCCCCACAAAGGCCUGCCUCCACUUCUCAUUUAUCCAGCUCUCCUCCCGGCAUCCUUGUCAUUAUGUCUUAGCGGAAGCCAAACAGAGAUAGCACACACCCAUGGGCAUGCUAUAAACAAAACAACACCCCCCAACACACACAACAGGCACACCCCUUGGCCCCCCUCCAUUUGUGUCUCACAUUUCUUCAUAUAUAUAUAUAUAUAUAUAUAUAUAUAUAUAUAUAUAUAUAUGCAUGCUUGUCAGCUAGAAUUACAAAUGAAUUCUUUUAUUUAAAACGUUGGUGGGCAUCACCCAGCGAAAUCAAGCGUAUAAGUUUUUAAAUAUGAGUGUUGAGCUUUAUAUAAAGUGCUUGGUUUUUUUUGCUGGAUCUUGUCUGUUCCCUUUCCUGUACACUAUAAUAGUGUGUGUAUGGGGGGAAUAUUUUAAGCAGGAACUGGGAAGUGUCUUCGCUGGGAAAUUAAGUCCUCCUAAAGUCAGUGGGACUGGCAGAACAAUCCUGUGCAUAUUUACUCAGAAGUCAUUUAAAUGGGGCUUACCCCACCCCAUCCCAGCCAGCCCUAAGCCUGCAUAAUUCUUCAGCCUUUACUUUCUAGUAAGUGUUUCUUGGGCUGUCUCCAUAGGCAGUAGUGAGGUUGUUGUCCUGGCUUUGAAUUCUUAGGAAAUAUGAAAGCGGGGGUUGGGGGGGGGUUGAAAGAGGAGUAGCGUAUCUUGAAACUUUUGUUUUGAAAGUUUGGUGAUCUGGCGAGGGCAAAUUUAAGUUUACAUUUUUCUUCUUGGUCAGAUGUAGCGUUCUGAAAAAGAUUUUGAAGUAGCUUAAAAACUGAAAAGAUGAUGAUGAUGCAGUAUUAGGUGAAGAAUGUAAGUGCCUAUGUCUUAACGCAGAUCGUGUGAGGCCUUUUUACGUUAGAGUAAAUUUUAAGUGUGACGGUACACUCAUGUCAGUCAUUUUUACGUUUGUGGUGAAUUUAGGCAAUUAAUCCAUGUGACUCUUUUUUAAAAAAACACAACACAACAACACAAAACCCAACAAAACACAGCGACGACAAAAAUAGGAACAAUUUUACCCAGACAUAUAUCUACCAUAACCCACGUUCUUUUUAUAGGUUUUCUUUCUGUCUGUCUCAACUUUACCUCCUUCCCACCUCACCUCCUAGUUUGGCUUGCAAAAAUAUACAGGGGGGAAAUAAAAAUCAAAGUGGCAAUUUGA